AUGAUCAUCCCAUCUGGAUGGAAAGGUGAGGGAGGGGAGAGCAAGAGGAAUAGUGAAUCCCCUGGAAAGUCAGGGGAAAGAGCCUGCAGCAGAGGAAGGGAAGAGAAGAUCAGGGAGACAGAAACAGAAAAGACGAAUGCAUCCUCUGCUCCUCCAAGCCGUAACACCCAUGAAAUCUUAGUCCAAGACAAAUCUGAGAAAGAAGAGGAAAGGAGCGAGUGUCUUCUGUGUGGUGAACGCUUCAGCUGCAAGGCAGGCCUUCGUGCUCACUGGAGGAUCCAUACGGAGGAAAAGCUAUUCAAAUGCUCUGAGUGUGGGAAGAGUUUCAGCCGGAGGGAAAAACUAAUCAGGCAUCAAGGGAUUCACACUGGGGAGAAGCCCUACACUUGCCUGGAGUGCGGGAAGAGCUUCAGCCGGAGAGAUAAACUGAUCAGGCAUCAAGGGAUCCACACGGGGGAGAAGCCAUACAAAUGCUUGCAGUGCGGGAAGAGUUUCAGAGACAGAACAGAUCUCACUUCACAUCUGAGAAUACAUACAGGGGACAAGCCAUAUAAAUGCCCCGAGUGUGGAAAGAGCUUUAGCCAGAGCUCGUACCUGGCCUCCCAUCGAACCAUCCACACUGGGGAGAAGCCAUACAAAUGCCUGGAGUGCGGGAAAAGCUUCCUUUGGAACCACAAGCUUCAGUCCCACCAGAGAAUCCACACAGGUGAGAAACCAUAUCAGUGCUCCAUAUGUGGGAUGAGUUUCAGUCAGAAAGUGUACAUUACUGCACAUGAAAUAAUGCACACAGGGAAGAACCCCUUCGAAUGCUUUGAGUGCGGCAAGAACUUCACCCGCAGCACGACCCUGACGACGCAUCAGAGAAUCCACACUGGUGAAAAACCCUUUAAAUGCUCCGAAUGCGGGAAGGGUUUUGUUAAGAAUUCUGCACUGACGCGACAUAAGAGGAUCCACACAGGGGAGAAAACGUACAAACGCCCGGACUUCGGUGUGCGGUUUUCAGAUUGUUCGUCUCUUACGAAGCAUCAACAAGUUCUCGCAAGGGAGGAAUUGUUUGAAUGA